AUGGCUACUUUCUGUUUUCCUAGUAAGUUUAUUAAGUGGAUUAUGAUAUGCUUGACUGAUACUUCUUAUUCUCUAAUGAUGAAAGGGAGGUUACAAGGUAGCUUUGCAGGGAGGAAAGGCUUAAGGCAAGGAGAUCCUAUUUCUCCUUUGCUCUUUGUGUUGGUUAUGGAAUAUCUCACUAGGCUUCUUAACCAAGUUGCUCAACAUAGAGAGUUUCAUUUUCACCCUUUGUGUAAGAAUUUGCAUCUUGUUAAUCUCUGUUUUGCAGAUGAUCUGAUUUUAUUCUGUAAGGGGAACUUUAGAUCACUUAAUCUUUUAAUGGAUGGUUUUUUGAGAUUUAGUCAGAGUUCAGGGAUGUCUGCUAACCUGAACAAAUCUCACAUUUACUUUGGGGGUGUGGCGGCUGAUGUUAAGAAUAACAUUCUGAGUUCUAUUUUGAUAGAAGAAGGCCAUUUUCCCUUGAAGUAUCUGGGAGUUUCGCUGAAACCCACAAGAUGGCAAGUUGCUGAUUGUAGUGAGAUUAUCAAGAAGCUUGUCAUUCAAGAAAUUGAUAGGAUUUGUCGUAAUUUUUUAUGGGGUGCCAAUGGCCAUCGCAGUAAGUUCCAUUGCUCCUCAUGGUCACAAGUUCGUCUCCCUAAAUCAUUAGGUGGUAUGGGUUUUAAAGAGGGCUCAAAUUGGAACAAAGUUUUACUGGCCAAGUUCAUCUGGGCUGUGUCUACUAAGCAGGAUGUAUUAUGGGUGAAGUGGAUUGAUGCACUUUAUCUUAGAGGUCAAUCCUUUUGGUCUUAUCAUCUGAAACCUGAUGUCAGCUGGUACUGGCGCAAACUUUGCUAUUUGAGAGAGGAAUUUUCUGAAGCUAAUUUAGUGAACUCGCUUCAAAGAGUUCCGGUGGCUUUUGCUAAGGCAGUGUGGAGUAGACUUACAGUUCCGAAGCAUCGUUUCAUUCUUUGGCAGUCGAUUCUUGGUCAUUUACUGACUAGAGAUAAUCUGAUCAAGUGCCAGAUUUCAGUAAAUUCUUGCCUUUGUCCGGUUUGUGAGAGAGCUGAGGAAACUCAUCAGCAUUUGUUUUUUGAUUGUAGCUUUUCUCAUCAGGUUUGGGAGUUGACUAAAAGUUGGUUAGGCUCUGCAAUUUGGCCCAAGAAAUUUGUUCAAUGGAAGAUGUGGUUAGAAGGGAAGCCCAAAAAUAUUGAGCAUCGCAUUGCUGUUGCUUCCUUGGCAGCUGCGGUCUAUGGAAUCUGGUGUAAUAGAAAUACUUGCUAUUUUUCUCAUUGUUCCAGCACUCCUCUUCGUUUAGUUUAUAUGAAUAGAUUGAGUUUGAAAGCUAGGUUUUUUGGCUGUUUGAGUCAAAAGUGUUUGGAUAAGAAUAUAGCUAUUGCUGAGUUGGUUAGGAGUUUAUGA